AUGGCUGCUUGUAAACCUGGAUACAAACCUUUGGGAAAAACUUCAAAUUGCACUCAAAAAUGUCCAAAAGGAUUUAUUGAACAAGAAGAAUAAUGUAUCAAACCUAAUUCUUAUUCAAGAGGAGUAGGAUAUUCAUGGAUUCCUCAAGAUGGGCCUUUUUCUGUGGUCUAAAGCUAACUGAGAUGCAAUAAGGAAAACCCAAACACAAGCUGCGAAUAAUUAUAUGUGAACCAGUUUGCCCUGAAGGAACAGAAGAUUCAAUUAAAACUUGCACAAAAAAUAAUUACACAGCUUCAAGUUAAUUCUUUAGUGGUACUUGUUUUGAAGAAAUAUGGGAAAGAAAUCAAGUUGCUGUUGAUAAAGAAUAAUGCUCAAAUUUAGAAUAAUAAUUAUUAAAUAAAGUUAGAGAUAUGA